UAAAAACUGACUAGAAAUCUAGAAUCCUAGCCAUAGUCAGACGGCCCAAACCUUCUAUAAAUUGACCCGCACUGUUCGGGCUUCCCUCCACAGCAUAUUUCUCAGCGAAAUCGUUCCAUCUCUCUUAGGGCUACCAAUUUCAAAGUCCGACCUUCGUAAUCAAUCACGACAAUGUCUACCUCGAAGAUGAUAGUCCUGAAGAGCUCCGACGGCGAGACCUUCGAGGUCGAAUCCAUGGUGGCUGAGCAGUCUCAGACGAUCAAAAACAUGAUUGAGGACGAUUGCGCCGAUACUGUGAUUCCCCUCCCGAACGUCACCAGCAAGAUUCUCGCUAAGGUCAUCGAGUACUGCAAACGCCAUGUCGAGGCUGGGAAGUCAGAGGAUAAGCCCAGCGAGGAUGAUCUCAAGUCCUUCGAUGCCGAAUUCGUCAAGGUUGACCAGGGAACCCUGUUUGAUCUCAUCCUGGCGGCCAAUUACCUCAACAUAAAGAGCUUGCUUGAUCUCACCUGCCAAACUGUUGCUGACAUGAUCAAGGGGAAGACACCGGAGGAGAUCCGCAAAACAUUCAACAUUAAGAAUGACUUCACACCGGAGGAAGAAGCUGAGAUCCGAAGGGAGAAUGCUUGGGCAUUUGAGUGAAUGAACUUCAAGUCCGCCCUGUUUUCUUAUUGCUUUAAUCGUGUAGUUUUUCUGCUAUAUAUCAUAUCCCCCAAUAGAAUUUUCUAGAAAUCGCACAAAUAGGACUUAUUGAUCCUAAUAAAAGUUCAAAUUUCCAGGAGUAAAUAAGUUCUAUAUGCACACUGUUUAUGUUUUAAGUCUAUAUAAGAAAUUUUCUCAUAUUUUUAAUUAAGCAUCUGAUAUAACAUAUGUAGUACUAAUGUGUUUUUGAUUUGUUGACUACCUUAAUAACUAUUUCAAUAAAAAAAUUAUCUUAGUUUUAUUAACAAUCUAAGAUUUUGAAA